AUGUACGCCGAGGUAUUUAAUACUGUGGCAAAGAUUAAAUCCAGCGAAGGUAUCGAAGCUCCCGUACCAUCUCCUCGGUGGACGCGAUUAUACAAUAGUCUGGUCAGCUAUGUCGUAGACGACGUGCGCAACCGGGAUGUACUCAACAAAAAGGAAUUCGACAAAAAAGCCAGAGAAUAUUUGGAUGUUCUUGAUGCAUUCAACAAAGAUCCCACGGUACCACUCAGCGUUUUUAACACUGAUAUGAAGCUUAUAGAUAAAUCUCUCUAUGACAACCUGCGUCAUUUUGUCGAUGUAACAUUGGAAAACUUGGUGCGCGAGCUUGCUAAUCGGGCGUCUAAAAUGCCCAGAUAUUUUGCCUCACGGAACCAUGUCUUCGUCAAGGAUGCAAUUAAUGUGUAUCGCAAAAACCUGUUCUCCGCCUUAGACGACAUAGCUUUGGGAAAAGAACAGGGCACUACAGUCUUCAGAGAACAACUUCAGCGAUUAGUUCGGGAUACUCAUCAUCUUAGACAAGAAGCCAAGGAAGUAAUGCUUCAGAACGAUAGAGAAGUGUAUCAAUUCGCCCACAAGGUCGUCGAUAAGGCAUUGCUAGACGUUGCCCACGCUCCAAACGAAUCCAGAACUGAGGUAGUCAAGACAAGGGCUGUUUUAAGUCAGGUUAUCAAUGAUGUUCUACCCGCUUCGCUAGGAAAAGAUUAUCCUACCUAUGUGUCGAACAAAUUUGGAGUUCACUCCUUGCGUGUUCCUUUUGCAUUCAUUCCACCUCGGGAUAUUUUGCAAGGAAAAUCUUUUUCGCCGAAGGAGGGAAUUUUAACAGAUUACCUUCCAAAGCAGCCUGUUUCACUCAAGCAGCCCGUAUCCCCAGAGACUGUCAUUUCACCCGGCUCUGGACGAGUAGUGUUUGGUGCAGAGCUUCCUAAGUUUCCCAAACAACCUGGUAUACUCCGGUUCCUCGCAAGCACCCUUGUUGGAAAUGUAGUCAUCAUCGAUGAAUCUGGCCAAUCUCCAACUGAAAAGGUCGCUCUUGCGAGUUUUAAAGAGGUUCUCAAGGAAGCCGGCAUUCAAGUACAGCAUAUAACUAUUUCGGAUGACGCCAGCAUGCUACGAGACAACAUUAAAACUGCUACAAAGGACUUUUACUAUAACGGAAACACCCUAAUAACAUCGAGUCGUCAUGAUUCGCUUGAAGAAAUCGAUUAUUUUAUUUCUGCAAUGGAAAUAGCAGUCCAAAGUCUGAACGGUGAGAAGCUGGAGAUAGAAACGCCCUGGUGGAAGAAGCAGUACCACAAAUUGUCUGCAGAACGGCUUGAUAUCCUGAGUUACUUCAGGUUGAAAAAGUCCAAAGACUCAUUUCAAGGGAUCACUUCAUCCGCCGGUGGAAAACUUUUGGAUAGUGCAAAAAGUCUGCUGGGAUUUGGGCGAAAGAAGCAAGGAAACAGCAGUGGGGGGAUCGGAUCCAUUGAGGCUAAUGGAGCCCUCCAGUCAAUUGAGUCUGCGCAUGCCAUUGAACACUUGGGUGCCCAUGAGGGUGAGGGGGGCAAUCAUAACUCCGGAAUGAGCUCCAAACAGCGAUCAAAGGGCGGAAAGGGGGGUAGGGGAUAG